AUGGCAUCGAACGAUGAUGAUUCUUCAUCUAAUUUUUUUACGAUUGAUCUUGAUCGAAAUGAUUCCGAACGUGAUUUAUAUGCCAUAUUACAUAUUAAUAAAGAUGUACGACAAGCAGAUACAGCAACAAUUCAACAAGCUUAUCGUCGACUAACACUUCUUUAUCAUCCUGAUAAACAUAGAGAUUCACGUAAUAAACAAUUAGCUAUGGAUUUAUUUAUUCAAAUAAAAUAUGCUUAUGAUAUUUUGAAUGAUCCACAAAAACGUGCCAUAUAUGAUGUUGUUGGAAUGAAAGGCUUAAAAGCUGAUGGAUGGGAAAUAAUGACUCGAGCAAGAACAGCUCGUGAAAUUCUUGAUGAAUAUGAACGUCUUGCAAAAGAACGUGAAGAAAAACGUUUUCAUCAAAUAACAAAUCCAAAUGCAUCUAUACAUGCGACAAUAGAUCUAACUGAUGUAUUUAAUCAAAUAAAUUCAAUCGAUGAUAAUAAUGAUAUUUUACCAAAAAUUGAAACAACAGAAUUUAGUGUUGAACAAAGUAUUGAUAUUCCAUUAACAAGUCAAGAUACAGCAACAAUAAAUGCUAUGGUAACAACACGUAAUGGUCGUGGUGUAGGAUCAUUAACAACUUCAUUUCGACGUAUUCUUCCAAAUUUAUCUUGGUUUCGUGUUGAUUUAACAUUUGGUCAUCGUCCUCAUAUAGGAUUUCAUUAUUUUCGUCGUAUAACACAAAAACUUCAAGCAAAUGUUCAUACAACAUUUAGUUUUAUUUCGAGUCGUAGAACUAUAGUUACACCUGGUUUUAUUUUUUCCAUAAAUUAUCAAUUGGCACAUAAUCUAACUAGUAGUUUACAGUGGAAAACAGGUAGAAAUUCAUUUAUGAAAGGAAUUUUACAAUAUGAUAAACAAAAAUGGAUGGUUUCAAGUGCAAUUCAGCUUGGAUUUAUUAAUACAUUUGGAGCAAUUGAUGGUGUUUAUCGAUUUCCUAAUGUAUGUAAUCUACGAUUUAGUCUCAAAUUAUUUGUAUUUGGACCAUGGCUUGAAUAUGGUAUUGAUCGUCAAUUUACUAAACAUACAUAUGGUUCAGCAACAGUUGCAGUUAGUGCAAGAAUGGGCGUAUUAUUAAGAUUAAAAUUUAUUCGUGGUAGUCAAACAUUCACCAUUCCACUACCAUUGUCUCAAGAUGUCUUGCCCAGUGCUAUAUUUUAUGCUACAGUAAUACCUACUCUUGCAUAUCUUCUACUUGAUCGAUUGAUUAUUCAACCAUUUGCUCGAUUAGAACAAGAAAGAGAACAGAAAAAACGUGAAGAUGAAGCACGUGAAAAACAAAGUGAACGUCGACGUGAAGCAAUGAAUGCUCAAGAAGUUCUUCGAUCACUUAUUGAACAAAUAAAAGAUAAAGAAGGUUCACAAGGUUUAAUUAUUCUCGAAGCAUAUUAUGGUCAAUUAACAUCAAUAAUUAAUGAAUCUUCAUUAAAAAUAAUUGAUGUUAGUAUACCAUUACAAACAUUAGUGAAAGAUUCAACAUUAAAAAUUGAAACAACAGUAUCAAAAUCAAAUUUAACUGGUUUCUAUGAUCCAUGUAUAGGUGAAGAAAAAUCAUUAUACAUUAAAUAUUCAUUUCAUUCACAUAUACAUACAGUUACAUAUAAAGAUACAGAUCCUGUUAUAUUACCAAAUCGAAAUCAUUUGAUAUUGUGA